GCCAAUCCAAUCCCCUUUGAAGCCGACGUCGGGAAGGAAAUCCCAUAGUGGAUUUAGCGCCUCCCGUGAAUCGACUAUGGAGGAAUUUGGUUUUCCUUUCAAGCCUUACGAUGUCCAACUUUCGUUCAUGAGAGCGCUACGUGCUGCGCUGCAAGGUUCGAAAAUCGGUAUUUUCGAGAGCCCUACUGGAACGGGGAAAUCUUUGAGUAUCAUUUGUGGGGCGCUCACAUGGUUUGCGGAACUGAAAUCAUCUCGAAAAAGCAGUUUGGAAUCCGAAAUUGAGGAGCUUACGCGACAUAUCCAAGAUCCUGUCGGUACCGACUGGGUUACAGAUUCUGCUCGUAACAUUCAGUUGAAGAACAAGCUGCACCAACUGCGUCUGCAGUACGACAAAAUAACGCAAUGGGAGAACAAGUUGAAAGACAUUCCAGAAAAGGAGGCCUCCAUCGAGGACGAGUUGAGCUGUGUUCGCCAGAUCCUUUCUGAACUGAACGACGAGGAAAUACUGGAAGACUAUGAAAGCGACGAGGACGGCUCUGAGGAAGACGACGAGGACGAGCAACCAAAGAUCAUUUAUUGCAGCCGUACCCAUUCUCAACUGUCACAGUUUGUGAAAGAGCUCAAAAGGACGGGACACAGUGAUCGGACCCGUUCCGUAUGCUUAGGAUCACGACAGAAUAUGUGCAUCAAUGAGGCGGUGAAAAAACUGCAGACUUUGAACCUCAUCAACGAAAAAUGUCUCGAGAUGCAGAAAAAGAAAAAGCUCCUAACUCCCGAACCAAAACGCAAAAAGUGUUCGCUGACUUGCCCUUUUUACAACCAACGGGCCAUGCAAGUGUGUAGUGAAAAGAUCCUGACGGACACUAAAGACAUUGAGGAUAUUGUGGAGACUGGAAAGCGACUCAACGCUUGUCCGUACUAUUCAGCGCGGUACGCAGUUUCCCAAGCAGAAUUACUCGUGGUACCCUACAAUAUUCUCUUUCAGAAAUCCACCAGAAAAGCUUGCAACUUACAACUCAAAGGGACCACCGUCAUCGUCGACGAAGCGCACAACCUCCUGGAGACCAUCAACGCUUCUUCGAGCGUCCAGAUAAGUGGCGGUGCGCUCGCUCAAGCACAAAUGCUGCUCACCAGCUAUCUCACCAGGUACAUGGCACGACUGAAUGGGAAGAACGUUAUGUACGUCAAGCAAGUUAUCCACAUUCUCAAAGCGCUCGUCACCUAUUUGAGCACGCUGAGAGAGACCAAAGCCUAUAAUGUCACAGAUUUCUUGAUCCACCUCAAGCUAGAGCAGUUCAACCUUUUCAAGAUUGUGCACUAUUUUGAGCAGAGCCGCAUCGCUCUCAAACUGCAGACGUUUGGUGGCGACACUAAAAGAGACGUACUAAUAGCGGUGCAAGAGUUUUUCCAUGCCCUCACCAGUCCACCCUGUGACGGUCGGUUGUUGUGUCAGGGCACUGGGGAACUCUCCACUUCUACAGUCAAGUACGUGCACCUCAACCCGGCGGCACACUUGAAAGACAUUGUUUCCCAAGUGCGCACCAUCAUCCUUGCCGGCGGAACGAUGGAACCCAUAAGCGAGUUUGUGGACCAACUAUUGAUUCCCGCCGGCGUUGACAAGAGCCGCAUCGUCCACUUUUCGUGCGGCCACGUCAUUCCAAAGAGCAACCUCCUGGCCUCCAUCGUCUCUAGGGGUCCAACCUCGAAGGACCUAGAGUUCAGUUUCUUCACGAGGGAAAACCCGACAGCGAUGGAAGAACUUGGCAGGGUUUUGGUUGACGUCUGCCGUAUCAUUCCCGGCGGUGUCGUCUGUUUCUUUCCGUCCUACGAUUAUCAGGUGCUCGUGCAGGAUCAUUGGAAGAAGACUGGUAUGCUAGAAAAGCUUCGAGUAAAGAAAACUCUAUUCUGUGAGCCACGAAAGGCGUCCCUGGUUGACAAAGUACUGUCAGAAUAUGCAAAAAGCGUCCAACGUGAAGGGGCACUGCUUUUCUCCGUAGUUGGCGGGAAGAUGAGCGAAGGGAUCAACUUCUCCGACGAUAUGGGCCGAUGUGUCGUUAUGGUGGGGAUGCCCUACGCCAACAUCAAGUCGCCAGAAAUGGCGGAAAAAAUGGCAUUCCUCAGCAGGACUUUCCCACGUGCACCUGACGGGCGGCCGGCAGGGCAGGUGUACUACGACAAUGUAUGCAUGAAGGCCGUCAACCAAUCAGUGGGGCGAGCCAUUCGUCACAAGGGAGAUUAUGCCGCCAUAUUGCUCCUGGACCAGAGGUAUCGGCGACCGGCUGUAACCAAGGCACUUCCUGCUUGGAUCAGAGAGAGUCUCUGUCAACACGAUACUUUUGCUUCCGCUUUUAAAGAGAUUACAAACUUUUUUGCCAACAGGAAUAGUCAGUGAAUUGUAUGGAAUGUUUAAUGCAAGGUUGAGCAAGUUGUCACAUAUAAUACAAACAAUAAAUGUCACGAAACAACUUGA